GCGGUUGCCAGUGCGUGUCGGUAUUCCUGUGUGCAUCGACCAGCAUGCACAGAACGGCCCGCACAGAACGACGGAAAUCCAAUAUGGCGGAUGAAAAGUUAAAGUGAAACAGGCGAGACCAUUAGCAUUCUUCAUAAUUUAACGCAUUUUGAAUAACUUCAAGCGGGAGAAACAAGCUUUAGACUCAAUGGCAGAGUUUGGCGCGCAUUUAAAUCAAAAUGCAAGCUCUGAACGUCCUACAAUAUUUGAAGUCAUCGCUCAGGAAUCUAUGACAAGCGUGUUACGUCCUGCCGUAAAUUACGCUUUGAAGAUCAUAGCCAGCUCUAGGCCGGACCGAUUAGGAUGGCUUUGGCGCUAUGGAGAGGAACUUUACACAGCACUAGACUUGAUGGUGCAGAACUACUUUUUGCGCAAAUAUGGUGGUUCUUUUUCGGAGCAUUUCUAUGGUUUGAAACGAGCUCCAUGUGAAGCAAGCCACCCCUGGACAUUCCCUGUUAGAACCACAAGUAUUACAGCAAGAACUAUACUAUCUGAUAAACAACGAUACUUAUCCCUGCUUGCACUUGUUGUAGUCCCGUACCUUAGGUUAAAGAUGGACCAGUAUUUUAACAGACUGAAGGAGGAGAAUCUACAUGCGAAUACUGCAUAUUCUCCCAGAAGACAAGCUCUGGUUUUGCACAUAAAAAAGAUCUUACUUUCUGUGUACCCAUUUCUUCACUGCGUAUGGGAGAGUACUUUUCUAGGUUACCAAAUGCUCUACAUGUUUUCACGUUGUGAUUCCCACUCGCCCCUUGUUCACUGGAUUGGAUUAAAGCUACAAAGACUUUCAAAGGAGGAUAUUCUCGCCCAAGUAGUUCACAAGGACAUCUUCUUUCCCUUUGUGGGAAAAAAAUGGAAGGACUUAAUCAUAUCUUUACCUCUGGCAAUUCCAAACAUACUUGCAAAGAUGCUAGCAAAUGGGUUGCCCUUGUUAGUAUUUUUCUUAAAGUUCAUGGAGUGGUGGUAUUCUAGCGAGAAUUCACAGACUGUGACAAUGGUUACACAGCUGCCAAUUCCACCACCUCCACCCAAACCUAAGCCUGCAGAGUAUGGCUUGUCCUUGCCUAGUCACCCUGCGCAGUGCCCUCUUUGUGCGAAGGUCAGGACUAACCCCACUGCCCUGUCGACCUGUGGCUAUGUAUUCUGCUAUCCUUGCAUUUACCGCUACCUUGGUCAACAUGGCUGUUGUCCUGUCACUCACCUGCCAAGCACACAGCAGCAGCUUGUUAGAAUAUAUGUCAGCGAUGACAUGUGAUCAGAAUAAUGUACUUUAUCAAUUUACUUGUUCAAAUCUUUAAUGACAGGGGCAGAUCCAGGAGUUGGAAAAGGGGGGAGCGAAGCAAGGGUUAAAAAAAGGGGGACACAGAUUAAUUGUUCUUCCAUGGAUUUCCUUAUAUUUCUUAUCAUUUUUAAGCCAAAUAUCUGAAAAUAUGGGCCCGGGCCCUGCUCGGCCCACCCCUAGAUCUGCCCCCGAAUGGGAUUUGGCUGAUUGACUUGCCUUGAGCCCAUGGGUAUUUUUAAGGGAUAACAUUUGAUUUCUAGAUAUUAUAAAUUAGAUGUUGGGAAUAUACCUGUUGGAUACAUUGUCAUUCCAUCAAAAUUGUACAUCUGAAGACUAAUAGAAAAAAGUUAACAUUA